AUGGUGGAUCGGUAUCCCAUACUUGAAGAUGACAUGGACCCCCAGUCAAACAGCAUAGUCCAAGUUCUAGUUGCUCCCGAGUUUUCUAAACAGAAUGGGACACCGUUUGCGCAUGUGCUAGCAGAUACCUUGAGGGAGGUAACAAUGUCCUCGUCAUCCGCAACUAUCGACAUCAGGGACUUUGUAGCUGAAGUCCAAAGACGAUUGGAGCCGAGUUCCUCUACAGAGAUUUUUAGUUUACGGUCCACUCGAGAGAAUCUGAUGCUUACAGCCUUCUCACACGAGGAACAAGUCAUCAGCGAGGACAUAUGGCAUUACCCACGUAUCAGUAGGAAUGCAUCAAAUUAUGUGCGUGUCAGCGUGUUGCCAAUAACCUGGGCCACGGUAGACGGCUGGGACGCAGAAUCAGAGCUUCAGGAACUGACUGAUGUUUUUGAACAUCAUUUUGACUUCACGGUAGAAAGGGUAGUCAAAAUACCCAAUAAUUCCGCUGCACACUCGUAUCUACAAAGACGCAUCAAUGAGCAAAUUAAAUGGGUGGGACCCAAAGGCCUCUUGAUAGUUCUGUACAACGGCCAUGCUAAGCGAACAAACGGGGGCAUGAUUCUUUUUGGAACCAGUGAUGAUGUUCAGGGGGUGAACUGGACGCAAAUCACACAUACACUGAACAUUGCGGAUUGCGACGUUGUUCAUGUACUUGAUUGUUGCGACGCGCUGAGCGCAACAAAGGGCAGCGAGACGGUGCAAAGUGAGAUAGCCAACGAGGCCAACUUGCAGACAGGCGACUCUGAGUAUCAUGGAAAGAAUGAAACACUUGCUGCAGGGGCGAGAGAGGAGAGAGUCCCGGCUGGUAAAGCAUCGUCAAUGAAGGUCUUUGCUGAGGUGCUGAAUGAGAUGGCUGUGAAAAACAUCAAAAUCACCAUACAUUCAUGGCAGCAGUGGAUUGUUGCAAAGGUUGGAAGGGUUCGGACACAAAACGGUGAUUUGAGAUAUGCAGAACCACAUUAUAAGAUGAAUCCUCUGCGGAAGGCGUAUGGCAAAGUUCAUAACUAA